AUGGGCAACGCAUCUUCAGGGCAGUUCAACCGGCAGUCGGACGGCAGCGGCGCGGGACCACAGCACCAGCUGUACCUGGUCAAGACGGAGCUGCUGGCCGCCGACUCUGAUGUUGGCAACACUGGACCGCCGCUCACCCCCGGCGCGGAGGACGUGACGAGCAGCACCGGCCUGGGCCAGCAGCAGCCCAUGGAGCCGCACCACCACACCCUGGUCGCCAUGGCGCUCGAGCACCACCACGCCACCUACCUCCAGCCUGGGUCGCCAUCUUUCUUCCCCUUCCUGUCCUCACCGCCACAGCACCAGAGGAACUUCCAGACGUCGUCACACCUCAGCGAGGCGAGCCCUGGAGGCGGCAGCAGCGGCGGCGGCACUGGAGGCGGCGUGAGCAGCUCCGGCGGGGGCGGCAGCCCGCCCCCACACGGCGACAGCACCACCACCCCUACCUCGGCCAGCCUGUCAGUCUCCGAGGUUGGCAGCACUGGCCAGGCUGCCCCCGACUCGUCCCACCCUGGCGGCGGCCGCUGCGAGGACGACACCCCGGCGUCGGACACGACGGCGUCGGCGGGCGACGCGGCCACUCCGACCUCCGCAUCCGGUGGCACCGCCAACAGCGCCAGCGGCGGCACUGAUAACAAAAGUGGGGGAACCACCACGGGCAGUGCUGCCAACGGAGUGGGCGAGGAGCAGCGCUCCAGCGACGCUGGCUCAGUCAACACUGCCAACACGAAGCCGCCGUUCUCCUACGUGGCGCUCAUCGCCAUGGCCAUAGCGCAAUCGCCGCACAGGAGGGCGACCCUGUCGGAGAUCUACGCCUACAUCACGAGCCGCUUCCCCUACUUCGAGCGCAACAAGAAGGGCUGGCAGAACUCCAUCCGGCACAACCUGUCGCUCAACGAGUGCUUCGUCAAGGUGCCGCGAGAGGGCGGCGACCGCAAGGGCAACUACUGGACGCUCGACCCGCAGUACGAGGACAUGUUCGAGAACGGCAACUUCCGCCGGCGGCGGCGCAUGAAGCGGCCGUUCCGCGGCGGCCUGGGGGCGGUGGCCGCCCCCGCGGUGCCGUACGGCGCGGCCGCCGCCUACCACCCGCACCACGCGCACCACCACCACCACCACCACCACCAGCACCUGGUGGCGGCGCACCACGCGCACCCGCACCACCAGCACCCUGGCCAGCACCCGCUGCACGGCCACCAGCCGCACCACCAGCCGCACCACCAGCAGCACCCCGGCCACGCCCACGCGGGGCUCGCCGUCCACCCCCAGCUGCUGGGCGCCGCCGCGCGCUCGCUCUUCGGGCCGUCGGCGCUCCAGGCCGCCGCCGCCGCCGCCGGGGGCGGGGGCGUCGGGGGCGGAGGCGUCGCCGUCGGGGGCGGCGCCGUCCCGCCCCCCGCCUACCCGCACUACGCCAGGUACGAGCACAGCUGGUCGCUGACGCAGUCGACGGGGGCGGCAGGCGCGGUGCCGUCGAUGUCGGUGUCGGUGACGCCGGGCUACGGCUCGCCGCCGCAGCUGUGCCACCAGCCCGGCAGCUCCGCCCCCACCGCCCCCACUGUGGUGGCGGCUCGGGCCAGCGUCGCGCCCGGGGGCGGCGUGUCGCACGGCGCCUUCUCCCCACUGCAGGCGCAGCUCCAGCACCACCAGGUCCAGAACAUGCAGCUGCAGGCGGCAGUGAAUGGCUACUCCCAGCUGGGUUCGACGCUCGUGGGGAGUCCGGGAGGCAGCUUCACUCCCAGCCCUGGAGGCGGUGGAGGCGGCUCUGGAGGCGGUGGGGGAGGAGACGGGUCACCUGGGGGUGGCAACCGGCUGGGGGCGGCUGUGACAACGGCGCAGGACACACGGUACUCCUACUGGGCGGCCACAGCCGAUGGGGUUACCUUGAAAGAGGAGCCAGCUGCCACGAUAUCCUUCGACUUCACAUCAGCGAGGCCCAAAUGCUACAUGUGAGCGUGGGACCCGUCUACGGCCGCGUCUGUAUCGCCCGGGGCAAGUAGCGCCAGCUGCCCACCCUGAUGGCGCACUGAGGAAGGCGAGACAAGAUGGCGCACACUGGCGAAGCAGCCAGCUUCCGACGACUGCCGCUAGGGCUGCGCACGUGUCGCUCUGUCGAGUCUGCAGCGCAGUCACGAAAAAUUACUCUGCCACAGAGGAAAAGUGUGAGAGGGAGAGAAGAGGACACGCUGACAUGGACGGCACAUCCUCCAGUUCUGUGCGGCGGUGACAAUCGUUCUCUCCAAAUGUUGCUUUCCGUACUUGUUCAUGUAAUUUUCUACUUCCCAAACAGAUCCGUGUUUGCAAUCACAGAUACCUGAAGUAGAAAAUUUCAAAUUCAGUCAGGUGCUGAGCUGACCAAACGAAUAUGCUAGCCAUUCUUAGUCUGCAGUUCUCUUAUGAGAGCCUUCGUCUGUCACUGCGAAGAGAUGUUUCAGGCUAAUAGGCUGGCUACAAAAGAUACGUAGCAAAGAACACACAUAUCACUUUUGCUGUUAUAGCCGUCUGUAGCAAAUGAAAUGGUAAUUCGCGCACUUGCAUUUUUUCUUUCCGCACUCUUUAAAUGUGCCAUUUCAUAUAUGAGUAGGACACUGUAUAGUAAAAAUAAACUACACAUAUAUUGUCAGUUAGGGACAAGAACAUUCUUGUCACUAUGCACUAAAUCACAGGUGACAUGAGAUGAACUUGAUAUAAAACAUUAUCACUAAGAAAUUUCAACAGCAGUACGACCUUUGUGUCUACCUGUUUAUUCUGCAAGAGUUUUGACACCGCAUUUCAUCAUCAGGGAUGCAUUAUUUCCAUAGUGACACAAGAAUCAUAUUAAUUAUUAAAUGUUCCAAGAGUCUGACAGUAAAUUAUUAAAAAGAAUUCUAUAAACACUGUUUCAGUCUCAGUGAGUGCAUUAUCUACAACAGGACCACAGACACCUAGGCUAUUAAAUUUUCCGAGAAAUUUCUCAUAAUCCUAACCUCACCAAUGUUUUAUCCUUGGAGGAAAACACACAACAGACAACUAAGUUGUUAAUUGUUAAAUUUUCCAAGAAAUACGUGUUAGUAGAUUCCUCCAUGUAGAAAUAGUCGAAAGAGCUUAAGAUCAGUGUUUGGUUCUCAUGGAUAUGUUAUUUGCAUAAAAGCCAAAAUAUGUAAGGUAUCAACAAUCAAUUUUUCCAAAGAUGUGUCUCAUAAUAUAUACAAACUUUACAAAAAGACAAAUGCAAUGAGUUUCAAGACCAAUGUUUCAUCCUGGGAGGGAGACAUUAUUUCCAUAGAAAAGCAAACAACUGAGCUCUCAGUCAUUAGAUUUUCCAAGAUAUGUUUGAUAACAGACUCUAAGAGUUUGGAGACGACUGUCUCAUACACGAUGGAUGCGUUACUUGCAUAUGAGCACAAAUAAAUAUGCUGUUAACAACUAGACUUUUCAAAAAAUGUCUGAUAAGACUUAAACAUAACAAGAAUUAAUGGAAAAAACUUACAUACAAUUUUCUUCUUCGUCAGGAAAUACAUCAGGCAGUAAUUCUUUCCAAUAAAAUACAGAAAAUAAUAAAAUUCCGAAAUAUUAGAUUUUUUACAGAAAUGAUAAAAAUGAAUGCUACUCCAAUACAGAAUUCUUAAAUUACAUGAGUUGGCAUUAUC